AUGGUCAUCAUCAUUGUAUCACCAACCAAAGAGCUGGCGGUGACCCGUACCGGUACUACGCACGGCGCUCGCAUCGUUAGCGCUGCGAAGAUUUACGAUCACGUGCGCGCAGUCGAAAGUGACAACGGCGCGGCGAGCUCAUCAGCGAUGCAAGUAAUUAAACCCUUAAACGAAUGUAUAACAAUAAUGUUCCGAGCGUCGGCGCAGCGAGCGUCCGCGGCGGGUAUUUACGAGAUGCCCUCGCUACGGGGGUUUCCGCGCCUAAUUCUUUGGCGCGACGCGGUCUCGAGCGUCGUUUAUUUCGUAAACGGAAUUCAUCUGCGGCCGCACCCCGCUGUUAUACGGUCGAUAAUUCGCCGAGGGCCCGCUCCGGAAAGAUCGGACUUUGAU